CGCGUUGACGUAUGUUACGUAUGUUACGUAGGGUCGUUCAACACUCACAUUAGCAAGCUUUAUCAUCGUUAGGAGAAUAUGCAUUACAGGAUAAGAUAGUCGUUGUUUAAGUGUGCCCCAUUUUAAACCUGUCGGUGUCGUUGUUUACUUCGUCUACGGUUUGGACGAAAAUGACCGAUUUGACAGAUUCCCUGACCAAAGAGGGCUGGUACCUCAGUGAUGAAGGCAUAGCAGAGCUGAAAGGAUCUGCUGAGAAAAUCACACACAGUGACGUCAUUCGUAUUGCACUUGACAGUGAUCUUAGGCCUAUUGGGAGAAAGUUCCUGCCAUCUGACAUCAACAGUGGACGAACUGAGAAGUUGGAGGGUCCAUGUGUUCUCCAGGUGCAGAAGGUGAGGAACGUCUCAGCUCCUAAAGACCACGAGGAGUCCCAGGGCGCGCCGCGAAUGCUGCGGCUACAAAUGACAGAUGGGCAUACCACCUGUGUUGGAUUGGAGUUUAAACACCUGUCUAAGAUCAGCCUUAAUACCCCACCAGGAACAAAAGUAAAGCUGCUUGGUACAGUCCUGGUUAAAAAUGGUCUUUUGCUGCUCGAUGACUCAAAAAUCUCUGUCCUUGGAGGAGAGGUUGAUCACAUGGUGGAGAAGUGGGAACUACAAAGGAGUCUGGCUAAACACAGCAGGAGUAACAUUGGAGCGGAAGGUGGACCUCCCCCCUUUGUGCCAUUCGGUCAGAAAUGUGCAAGGAGGGACGAAGUAGACAGCAGAGAACUAGAUCAGAGGAAAACCCUCCAGAAUCACAGUGUGGCCAAAAGUCCUGAUGAGAAUGAUGAGUUUGAAAAGCAACGGACAGCAGCUAUUGCUGAAGUGGCCAAGACUAAAGAGGGUCCCCGCACGUUUGGUGGUGGAGGAAAUGCAGGCAGUAAUUUAUCCAGUGCUGCUUCCUUCUCCCGCAGCAGAGACUCAUACCAGCAGAGAAGACGAGAAGACAGGGUCGAAAGAACUGAAAGCAGACAAGAUGGAAACUAUCGAGAGCUGGUUGAUGAACGUGCGCUAAGAGAUAUCAUGGAGAUGGGCUUCAACAGGGAGGCCGCUCGACAGGCUCUCAUGGAUAACAACAACAAUCUUGAAGUUGCAUUAAACAGCUUACUGACUGGAUCUUCUGGUAGCAGACCUGGCCCUGUGGUAGCUGAAUCUAACAGGCCCCCACCCAGAGCCAGAGGAAGGGGAAGAGGCCGGUCCAGAAAUGAAGACGAGGAGGAGGGAGCAGGGGGAAGGCCAUCUGGACCAAGCACUCUGUUUGACUUCCUGGAAUCCAAGAUGGGAGUUUUCUCCAUUGAUGAGCCAAAGAGCCACGGAUCUCAGAAACAACAUGAACGUAAAGCGAAUUUCUCCAACUCAGACUAUUACUCCAAAGACACAUUUCAGACCAAGUUCUCUUCACAUAAUGAGCAUAGGCAACAAAGGACUGACAGACCUCCACGCUUCCAUAGGGACACUGACUUUCCCAAACCUGGCCAGGAGCCGCUCUCCAACUGUUCCACCGCCCAAACAUCAGCUCAAGGCCAGCAGUGGAAGGGCCAGGACAGAUGGUCACGAGGCACAUCAGACAGACCACAAAAUGACAGGAGAGACGUGCGAGACGAACAGAUAUUUCCUCCAGCCUUUGCGACUACUUUCACACGUUCAAAAGAACCUCAGCAGCAGAUGGAGUUUACUGGAUCCUUCCACCAGCGAUCCAGAAAUGGAGAUGGUGGUGGGAACAUGGCUGGACCGUCUCAGAGGAGAGGGAAUAAAGACACUGCACCCACAUCUAAAUUGAUCAAUUCCACAGGCAAUGAACUGGAUGGAAGAGGAAAUAAUAGACGUACUGACAGAACUGAAGAGCCCAACAACAGCAGGAGGAUGGGGAAGACUGACCGGCCAAACUCAGACCACUUUGACCGGCAAAGGGAUAGCGGGCCACCAAACUUUAACUCAAGGGGAGGAAGCUCAGGGGCAUCCCAAGAUUCGGGGUUAUCACGGGAUUCUCGCAUCACGACGGGGGAUCCUUCUCAUUUCCAAAAUGGAGAUAUGGAACACAAAAGGACUGGGCCAAUCAAGCCACCCAACUCGUCGGGUCCCCCCAACAGAGAGCCACCCCCCAAGAAAAACACUUCUAAUAACCCAGGACCUAAAAGAAGAUCAGGACAAGGCAAAGGUCCAGGUCCUCGAGGGCCAGACAAAAGUCAUAUUGUGGAGCGUGCUUGGAAGCCUGGAGACCAGUGCCUGGCACUCUACUGGGAAGACAGCAAGUUCUACCAUGCCAGAAUAGAUGCUGUGCAUCCAUCAGGCUCCACGGCCGUUGUUGUAUUUAGUGAUUACGGAAACUGCGAAGAGGUCCUGCUGCAUAACAUCAAACCUGUUACAGCUGAUGUGUUGGAGGAAGAUGAUGGUUACUAUGACAGUUCACUAGAGUUUCGCCGUGGGGGUGAUGGACAGCCUAGACGCACAAGACCAACGCAGCAGUAUUACCAGCCACCCAGGGCACGGGAUUGAUGUGUCUGCGUUUACAGUGUGUGCUUGUCCCUCAUCCUCCCACGGCAGAGAUUAUGUGACUUUCUACAACAAUCCAGAGUGCUUCCUGAAUUUUUAAGUGUCCACAUCGUCAGGACUUACUGAACUUUUCAAAGGGCUUGGACACAAUGCAAAAAUAAAAGAAACUGACAUGAGCACCUGUUGAUUUUGUUAAGGACGUAUCUACUGUACAUGUUGUGAAGAUUUGUUAAAUGGAUGCAUUAAAAUAAACAGUUAUUAGAGUAUGUAGCAGA